UUCAAUUUCAAUUUAUUUUUACUAUAUUUGUAAUUUCCCUGAUUUUUUUUUUUUUUUAAAUCUUAUGUGGUUGUUGCGUACCUAUUUUCCCAACUGCUGCUUCCUCAAUUAGAAAGGGGCAAUUUUUUGUAUAAAAAAUAAAUAAAUAAAAAUAAAAAUAAUGAAGGGGGCAAAUUUUCACUUUAAUAUUAUGUGGGUAUUUUUUUACUCUAAAUAAUUAUGUGGGCGGUUGCUUCAUUUUGCGCCUUCUAAUUAAUGAUUUGCAAAUGAUAAUAAUAAUAAUAAUAAAAAGAUUGUUUAAAAAUUAUAUUUUGCAAAAAAAAGUGGGUAAUUAGCUUUAUUUAGCACAUUAUAAUCUUGGAAUAAACUUCCACUUAUUAAUUAAGUGGGUAGUUAGCUUCAUUUUGCGCCUUUAUGUCUGGUGAUAUUGCUACUUUUUUCAAUGAAUGGAGCUUAUAUUCAACAUCAGUUUUCCUACAAUCUUCAUGUCCUUGAUUUUCUGUGUUAAUAAUGGCUGAAGGAAGAAGGAAGCUGAUUCCUAAGCAUGAUAAUAUUGUUAUUGUAUAAUUGAGGCUAAUUGAGAGAACUUGCACUUCUGUGAAGGCCUGUUUCAUGUCUAAUUUCAAGAUGAAAGUGCUUCAUAUUGUGCCAUGGUUGCUAGUUCUUUGCAGUAUGUUUUUUAAAGGCUCUUGUGGGUCAGAGAAAGUGAAUAUCGGUGCUAUAUUUACUCUGGGCACGCUCACUGGUAAGGUUUCAAAGAUCGCGAUGAAUGCUGCUGUGGAUGAUAUAAAUUCUGAUCCCAAGGUACUUGGUGGUCGUACCCUGUCUCUCCAAAUUCAUGAUUCUAAUUAUAAUGGAUUUCUCAGCAUCAUGGGAGCAUUGCAGUUCAUGGAGACGGAUACUGUUGCUAUUAUUGGCCCUCAGACAUCCCUUAUGGCACAUGUGCUUUCUCAUCUAGCAAAUGAACUGCACAUCCCACUAUUGUCAUUCUCUGCUCUUGAUCCUACAUUAUCACCUAUCCAAUAUCCCUACUUUUUCCAAACGGCCCCCAGUGAUCUGUUUCAGAUGGCUGCCGUUGCUGAAAUAGUAAACUACUUUCGUUGGACACAGGUAACAGCUAUCUUCACUGAUGAUGAGCAGAGUCGGAAUGGCAUCACUGCAUUGGGCGACAAGCUUGCAGAGAAGCGUGGCAAGAUCUCUUAUAAGGCAGUUCUUCCCCCUGAUAUCAGAGGAAAUUUGAGUGUAGUAAAACAGGAACUUGAAAAGGUGAAGAAUAAGGAAUCAAGGGUGCUUGUUGUGCAUACUUUGAAUACUUUUGGUCCAAUAAUUCUCGAGGCAGCUGAGCAGCUUGGCAUGAUAGGAGAAGGGUAUGUUUGGAUAGCUACUUCAUGGUUACCUGCCAACUUAGAUAGUACUCCAAGUCCAAAGCUCUACAAAAACAGUCAGGGGGUAAUCACACUUCGCCCCCAUACUCCUGACUCGCAAAAGAAAAAGGCAUUUAUCUCUAGGUGGAACAACUUGAGCAAAGGCUCAACUGGGUUAAACGUAUAUGGGCUUUAUGCCUAUGACACUGUUUGGUUAAUUGCCCGUGCUAUUGAUGCAUUUCUGCGCCAAGGCAACAAUAUUUCCUUUUCAAAUGAUCCGGCCUUAACUGCUGUUGGAGGAGGAGAUAUGAAUUUAAGUGCUUUGAGUAUCUUUGAUGGAGGAAAAGAUUUGCUCAAUUUUAUACUGGGAAGCAAUAUGACAGGCCUCACAGGCCCAAUUUGGUACAAUCCUGACAGAGCUUUGGCUAACCCUUCUUAUGAUGUCAUUAACAUAGUUGGUAGGCAAACUAGGCAGAUUGGAUACUGGGCAAACUAUUCUGGGUUAUCUGUUAUAGCACCAGAAACUCUUCGUGAAAGACCGCAGAAUCGUUCAGGUGCCAGUCAGAAGCUACGCAGUGUUGUGUGGCCUGGAGGAACUAAGAACCAGCCUCGUGGUUGGGUUUUCCCUCGGGAUGGGAGAAAAUUACGAGUUGGGGUUCCUCUUAGAGUCAGCUUUCCUGACUUUGUUUAUGUAGACAAUCAAACUCAUGCUCCUCGUGGAUACUGCAUCGAUGUUUUUGAAGCUGCCAUAAAAUUGCUGCCAUAUGCAGUUCCUCAUGAGUUCAUAUUCUUUGGAGAUGGGCAUCGAAAUCCCAGCUAUAGUGAUCUCGUAUCAAGGAUCACAACGGGUGAAUUCGAUGCUGCUGUGGGAGACAUUGCAAUUGUGACCAACCGCACAAGAAUUGCAGACUUCACUCAGCCAUAUGCAGAUUCAGGGUUGGUUGUAGUAGCCCCAGUGAAAAAGUUGAGCUCUAGUGACUGGGCAUUUUUAAGGCCAUUUACACCACUCAUGUGGGUGGUGACGGCUGUAUUUUUCCUUGUAGUGGGGGCAGUUAUAUGGAUCCUUGAACACAGAUUGAAUGAUGAAUUUCGUGGGCCUCCCAGUAAACAGAUUAUGACAAUUUUAUGGUUUAGUUUCUCAACCCUGUUUUUUGCCCACAGAGAAAACACUGUGAGCACACUUGGCCGAGUGGUUCUUGUCAUAUGGUUGUUUGUGGUUUUGAUCAUUCAGUCAAGCUAUACAGCUAGUUUGACUUCUUUCCUGACCGUCCAACAGCUAACAUCUUCAAUAAAAGGAAUCGACUCGUUGAUUACUAGUAGUGCACCUAUAGGAUUCCAAGUAGGUUCUUAUGCAGAGAAUUAUCUCCGGGAGGAACUUAAUAUCCCCAGAUCAAGGCUUAAGCCUCUAAACUCCCCACAAGAGUAUGCAGAUGCUCUCAAAGCAGGAAGAGUUGCUGCUGUGGUUGAUGAACAGCCAUAUGUCGAUCUUUUUCUUUCAAAUUACUGCCAAUUUGCAGUUGCAGGCCAGGAAUUCACCAAGAGUGGUUGGGGAUUUGCUUUUAAGAGAGACUCUCCAUUAGCUCUCGACAUGUCAACAGCCAUCCUCCAGCUAUCAGAGAAUGGCAGCCUGCAAAAUAUUACUGAGCGUAAUCUCAAGCAAAAGCAUGCUUGUCCAUCAAACGUUGUAAAUGAUUCUGAACAGCUUAGGCUGGAAAAUUUCGUCGGCUUAUUCCUUAUAUGUGGUGUUGCUUGUAUCCUCGCUCUUAUCAUAUACUUCUCCAUAAUGCUCUACCAGUUCCACCAGCAUCAUUUGCCUCAACACACGGAACCUUCAAGCCAGAGCAGCUCUCGGUCUGCACGAAUUAAGACAUUCUUGUCAUUUGCUGACAAGAAGGAAGACCUGUCACAGAGAAAGUUGAAAAGGAAACGGAUAUCUGCAUCAAUGCCAACUCAUGGUAGUGAGCCGGUGGAGAUUGAAUCCGGGGGAAAAUCAUCUAAAAGUGAAAAUUUUAGAAGUUAUCGUGACGACAAUGGUAACAGCAAUAUUUGGAAUUGAUGAGAGGAUCAAAGCUGAUCCCAAUUUCUUGUAAUUAUGUCCAAAUAUAUAUUAACUUUGCCUUAAACCUUUUGAAAAUAUAUCAUGUAGAAAUCAUUGAAUGUAUACAGGUUAGCUUAAUUAGUAGUAAUACCAUAGCAAUGGGCUAUUAGUGUUAUAGAUAAAGACUGGAAGAACAGUUUUAUCUUAUAGUUCAAAAUCUCCCCUUUGUAUGUUCAUAUCAUUUGGAGUAAUGAACUAUGAACAUAAUUGUGUUUACCAUGGUAACAUAAAUGAAAAGAAAUUUUCAAUUCA